UACAGUUUUAACUUCACACAAAAAGAAAAUGCUCCAGACAAUCAAAGUUUUUCGCCCUGUGUAGCCACACAUGGUCACCUGGUAAAGGUGGUGGUAUUGCUGGUACUGGUGGCUUAUCUAAUCGCUUAGCUUAGCCACCUUUUUGCCGCAGUCGCAGACUUCUCCGACGGACUUCUGACCGAUUCGCGUCUGCGUCUGUUGUCAUUUUACCCCCAACUGCGCGCUAAAAUGCUCUAAACUCGAAGCUCCCAAGCUUGGAAAACACCCCGCUGAACGUACCUCAACAGAAAUAUGGCAAAUAUGUGGGGCAAAUUGGUGCUGCAGUUCUUCAAAUAUGCACCCAGCUAUGUGGUCUGCCUCAGUUUCUUACCCUGCGGCAUGAUAUUUGGCUAUACGAUAUGUGCCUUUGUGGCGGUGCGAAACGAUAAGGAUAUAGGCCUCACAUACUAUGGUCCCCUGAUCCUGGGCGCCUGCUGUGCGGUGAUCACUGCCGUGGCCAUGCUUGCCGUUAAAUAUGUGAAGAAAUGCAUUAUAUACUGGCAGUCAUGGUUGCUUCUCGUCGCUGGUGCUUUUAAUCUCAUUGCCAGCUGUUUUUACUUUGCCGAUGGAUUUGACCAUGUCGGCGCUUACAUUUCCUAUGUGGCCCACAGCAUGACCUUUGUGGCCGGCUUCAGUUUCCUGCACACCAUAAGCUCCAAGAGCAGCCGCUCGGCAAUGCUCUCGGCCAGCUGCAGCUGCUACCUGUUGGGUGUGGCUUCGGCGGUAAGCCUUAUAGUUGGCACCUACAGCAGGAAUGUGAAGCAAUGGGCUGGACAGACGGCAACGGCGGAGCAACUAACCGACGAUCUCUAUGUGAAUUUUGCUGGGACGUACCUAAGCGUUACAGCUGUCAUGCUGGCUAUCCUGGUGGGUCAGAAGGUGCUCCACUUUCUGGGCACGGUGGAUUUGGUUAAUAGUCUGGACAAUGAAUUGCGGAUAGCCAACUCCAAUGGCAGCAUUUUUGAGCCACGCUCGGAGGUGAUAAAGCGACUGCAGUUCUUCUAUGUGACCAAGAACCAGGAGUGGAACAUGAUGCUACUGGUGCUCUUCACGGAAGCCGUUCAGUUUGCUCUCUUCGUGUACUUCAUCUACUGGUUCAGCCUGAACGAGGCUGUGCGGUUGACGGAACUCUCCGGCAUAGAUGGCAUGUUCUGGGCAAUCUUCGGUGGCAGCUUGCUGGCACCCCUGUGUCAGUGGUUCUUCUCGGUUAAGAUCACCUUUGUGUCCGGUCAGAUGGCGCUGGUACUCUUCACCCUGGUGGCCAUGAUCCAGUGCAGCGUCUCGGAUUCCAGGUGGUCGCUCUGGCUCUUGCUGGUCCUCUUUGGAUUGUCGUACUCCAGUCAGCAGAUAGCUCUCUUGGAAGUCACUCACCUGCGCUUCACCGAAUGCGUCGUUUGCUGCUCGUACAUCUUCAAACUGGUCAGCACUAGCAUCGUGUUCUUGUACUUUGUUUCGGAUGCCAAGAACUCCUAUUUCUAUGCCACCGACUCAAGCAUCCUGAUGGCCCAAGGCUUCGUCUUUAUGAUAAUUAGUUCACUGCUGGCUUUAAUUGUGGGCAUGAAGGUCCCGCGAACGCAUAGAGCCCACCUCCUGGACAUCCAGUACGAGCUGUAUGGCAUUAUCUUUAUGAAUCACCAGAUCGAGCAGCUUAAUGUCCGCUGGUUGAACGACGGCACAAUACCCACCAUCAGUCAGUGAGCAACGAAUAUAUAUCUCUAUCGUCACUUAAAUCAACGAGGUCUGGAAGCUGAAACACCUGCUAAGUGCCCAUUCAGGCACUACCAAAAUAAAAGAUAUGAAUUUUUGUAUAAUAAAAUGAGAGAG